AUGGCGUCGACGGUUGCCACGUCCGAAUCCUACCCUUCGAACCUGCCCUUGACCCCACGCGAUAGUGAUAUUGAAGCCCCCAGCGAGUCUUCUCAAAUGGCGGGAAGGAAACGCAGCGCGAGCGAGAUGGAAGACGAGACGGGCAAACAGAGGAUGGGCACCAACGGUGGUAAAUCAUCGAGCGCGCCAGAAACCAUUGAGGCCGAAGUCAGCCCUGAUUUCUCUAUCCAAUGCCCUGCCCUCCCGCGGCGCGGCAAAAAGGCUUUGAAUGAGGACGUCUGGCUUGAGAAAGCUGAUGCGCCGCUUCUCGCGCCCCACCUGACCAUAGACUAUACAGUGCGACCGGGGAACAAAUGGAAGGAGCUUUCCAGGUUUAAGAAUGCCAAAUUCAAGGACCCUUUUGUUGUUAUCUACACCUCUGGCCAGAUUGUCUAUGUAAAUCGUCAUAACCCUAUCCCACCCGCACCUUCUGCCGAUGCCACCGAGGAUGAGAGACUGCAGUAUGACCAAGAAAACUUCUGGGUGGGUUUAAUUUCGGAAUUUAGAGCCGAGAGUCAGGAGAAAGUCUAUGUCAAAGUCUUUUGGCUUUACUGGCCCGACGAGUUGCCUGGUGGUCGACAGCCAUAUCACGGCAAGCGAGAGUUGGUUUUAAGCAACCACGUGGAUAUCAUCGAAGCCCAGACCAUCGCAACCCAUGCCGAAGUCAGCUUUUGGGAUGAGAAUGAUGACUCGAAUAAAAACAUACUUCAGGAGCGGUAUUGGCGGCAGACCCUGGAUUUGAAAAAAGUCAAGGAAGGCAAGAAUGCACUGAGCAAACUGCGCAAGUUUUGCAUAUGCGGGGGCUAUGACAACCCGGGCGUCGACAUGUAUCAAUGCCAUAAACCUCAGAAGGGCUGCGGAAUGUGGAAUCACCAAGCAUGUCUGUACAAAAAUCUCGAGGAGAGAGCAUGGAACAACUUUCUUACCGGGACGUUGGCACACGAACGAGAGGGAGAGGAGAAGAGCUUGGGCGAGAAGGUUGGCGAGACCCUGGGUAAUCUAGUCAGGCCUCUGGUCUCCUUGAGCGGCGAGAUCAAAGAUAACAGCGUCCUCCCAUCAACGCCGGUAGCCAAAGGAAACAAGAAAGCGAAGUCGACACCCGUGAAAAAGGCCCCAUGGACAGGCAAGUUGAAGGCCGAGAUCGAAACGACGGGAGGGGACGUCCAUCAUGCAACCAUCAGUCAACUGGUGCCCACUCCAGCCAGCAAAGGCGCACAACGAUUUGAACCCAAGGUUUGGAGGAUGAAACUGAAUUGUCUGAACUGCGGCGAGUCUUUGAAUUAA